ACAUCCACGUUUAAAGAAUUUGAUUUCCUACAUACGUUACAUAGAAGUAGUCAAAGUAUCCACGAGAAUGUGAUAAGAAAUCGAACAUAAAAUGAGAUGAAUACCAACGGCCAUAUUCGAAGUGUGUACUCUUUUCAUUCUGACAUCGUAUACCUACAAAGGCCACAUCAUGGCCAUUGUACUCGCAUUAUCAUGGAUAUCAUGCUUUAUAAUCUUGGCUCAAGCCUUCGAACACCCUACAUUCAAUUUCUAUGGCACCGGGAAGUUCGGCGAGAUGAAUGCGACGACAUCUCAAAGCUUCAUGGACCUACUUAGAAGUGAUUUCUACGUCGACCGGACUCUAAUAAUAAUGAACGUCACGAAAACUUACCAACGCGACGUUCUAUACUUAGUCAUGCCUUCAAAAUUUGGCAAAACUGUGAAUUUAGACAUGAUAAGGACUUUUUUCGGAAUGCCAGUUGACAAAGAUGGUAAUCCGAUCUAUAUUACCGAAACACCAGCCUACAAGUUAUUUAUCCACGGUAAAGUUGAAUUGGGAAAUGGUCAAGUGAAACAUUUACCCCAAGUUUUGUCAAUUUCACACUAUAAAAGAGUCAUGGAUAAGUAUAUGUGUAAAUAUCCGAUCAUUUAUGUGAAUUUGGGCCACACCAAUGGUUCCAAUUUAACCGAAAUAGUCAAACUGCUCAGUGAUCGAAUUAAAAUCUCUUUCGAAGAACAUCCUUACCUCUUGGCAUCCAUGGAUAAGAAACUGGCCAGCGAUAUCCCCGCCGAAGAUAAAGCAGUUAUUACUCGUCAACGUGAAAUAUUUCUUCGAAUAAUGAACCAAAAAGCUACUCAAAGUGAUGUGGAACAAAGUCUACAACUAAUAACGAACCUGGUUCAUUUACAUUACGGAAUCAGACCCUAUUUAAUGAUGGAUGAUUUCGAAGGACCUUUUCUCAAUGUGCUCACCAACUGGAACAUAGGUGAAUAUCACACCGAUCCCGUUCUAUCAUUUUUGUAUAACUUUUACGCUCAUGGUAUUCAGUGGAACUGGCAGAUGGAAAAAGGCUUCCUUAGUGGAUCAAUGGCAGCGAUAAGUAUCUUCAAGAAUAUCAGCAAUUACAUCGAUUACAAACCAACGCAACAUCUGAUUCUGGAACGAUACACUCUUUUGCACGAAGACCUACUGACCAUAUUUAAACACUACAACGUUCCCGAAGAAUUACAAACCAAAGCUAUCAAUUGGUACGGAGGCCAACGUUGGAGCAGAGGAUACAGAAAGAAAAUCUACAACAUCCACGCCAUCAGACAAUUCCUCUGUACUGGUAAGCUGGAUUAUAUUCGAGAACGUCACAAAAGCUACGAUCGAUUUUUCGAGGAUCUUUUGAGGAAAUUCACCCGAAUGAGAUUUUUCGCCCUGGAUCGUUUAUUCGGCGAAGUCUGGGGCCAUAUACCCAGACUAGCCAAACCGAUAAACUACUAUCACUUCUUGGACAUAAAAAACCAUCUUUUAAACUCGACGACUCCGAGAAAAUUCACAUACCCGAACAUAGGUUUCUUGACGGAAAAACUCAUUUUACCGGAAUCUCUGGAACCGUUUCAUGCCGGAAGUGGUUUAAUAGCCACGAGAUUCAUUCUAGCGACGCAUUUCUUAUUCUUGAGAACUCCUCAUAACGAAGCCAAGAUGUGGAUAGGUGAUAAAAUAAUGCAAUUUUAUUGCAAAGAAUGGGGUCUAAAAUCAGAACUCAUUGAUAAAGCGGUGGCUAAUUUGGCGGAAUUUAUUAAAGACGGUGAAACUAAACCCGACGAUUUGAUUGCCUUCUUGAAAGAUGUGAUAAAUAAUGAUAGGAUCAUGGCGGAUGCCGAUUUGUACCAAGAAGAAGAAUGGGCUUACAGAGGAGGUUUUGGAAAACUCAUGAACGCCAUCUUUAAUUAUCUCGGUUUAAGGGUAGCUAUGGAAUACGAAUCGUUGAACGUUGAAUCUGUAGAUUCGUACGAUGGCCCUGUGGCCAGUUUCGUUUGGCAUAAUUUAGCCAUUUAUGACGAUAAACGUGUCGUAUUCUUCGAAGUGCACGUCAACGAAACUGCCACAUUUGGAGUAGGUAAGGCGAGAACUGAGUAUGAGAGGAUAGCUGCGUUUGUCGAUCACCCAUCUCAAAAGUAUGUAGGGAUUAGUGCCCGAGCUCUGGGAAAUAUUGAGAUUUUACAAGAAACUGUCGAAGGUCCAUUUACCACUACGACUGCUCGUCCUUCCAAUAGAACCAGAACCACAUUGAGCGUUGCUAAGCAGAGAAAGAAGGAUAGAAUGGGUAUUAUAUUUUACGAAGAUAUCGAUUACGAUCCUGAUACUUAUGUUCCAAUCGUCACUCUGGGUAAAUUCAAAAAGAAAGCGAAAAAGAAGAGACGCGAAGAAUUUUUUUAGUAAUUUAAUUUCUUUUUAAACUAAGUAUUGUUUAUAAUAAAGUUUAUUUGUUUACCUGA